UCAUAAGACAGACCAGAGGGAACGAAUCUCAAGACGUUACGUAUUAGCUUAUAGCCAUCAGUUUUGUCUCUUCCCGUUCUCGUAGACCAAUUCUUCUCGUUCUUCGCCUUUGUUUAUUCCAUGAUUCUUCUUCUUCUUCUUCUUCUUUCGGUACCUACUUAAAAGCUUCAUCUUCUCGAUGAUCCUCUGCGCAAGCCGCCAUCAUGACGCUGAAUCCUCUUCCGUCGCACCAAACAACGCCUCACUCGCCGCCGCGUCGGAUUCCGAAUCGCCGCGUUCUCAUCGUUGGGAAUUAUUGUCACGACGUUCUGAUCCAGAACGGAUCAAUCGUAGCUGAAACACUAGGCGGCGCCGCCUCUUUUAUCUCCAAUGUCUUAGAUUCUUCAUCUGUCUCCUGCGAUUUGGUCUCCAAAGUCGGACACGACUUCAGAUACGAGGUUACUCACUCUCCGAUCGUGGUGCCGGAGAAGGAAACCACAGUUUUCGAAGCUUAUUUCGAUCUGGGGAUCGGUCACGCUGAUCGGGUGUUGAAACGGGUCUCUGCAUGUGAUCCGAUUCUUCCUUCGGAUAUACCCGAUUCGAGAUUCGAUAUUGGGAUGGCUGUUGGAGUCGGCGGCGAGAUUUUACCGGAGACGCUCGAGAAAAUGGUGGAGAUCUGCGAUGUAGUAGCUGUUGAUAUUCAAGCUCUGAUUAGGGUUUUUGAUCCUGUUGAUGGAUCCGUGAAGCUUGUCGAUUUGAAAGAAAGUGGAUUCUUUCACAUCCUGCAUCGAAUUGGAUUCUUGAAAGCUUCAUCAGACGAAGCUCUUUUCAUGGAUGUUGAACAAAUGAAGCAAUUGUGUUGUGUUGUGGUGACUAAUGGUGAAAAAGGUUGUAGGAUUUAUCACAAGGAUGAUGAAACGAUGGUUCCUCCGUUCCUGGCGAAGCAGGUGGAUCCUACCGGCGCCGGAGACAGUUUCCUCGGAGGUUUAGUGGUUGGGCUUGUAGAAGGUUUGGCUGUUCCUGAUGCUGCAUUGUUAGGGAACUUCUUUGGUUCCAUCACUGUUGAGCAUAUUGGUCAGCCUAAAUUCGAUUUCAUGAUGCUUCAGAGAGUGAAGGACGAGGUGCAGAGAAGGAAGAAGCAGCGUAACCUCUGUAUAAAUAUCCAUAACAAUGAUCACGAAGAGUUCCAUACGCGUCUAACUCCAGCUCGGUUUUCAUGCGCCGACUCCCCAGUUCAAACAGAGUUAUUGGUCAAUGGUCUCUCUUGUGACAAGGAUGAUGAUCGGUGCCUGUGAAUACGACGAAUCUUGAGUUAUCUUUCUCUACUAACAAAGCUGUUAUGAGAUGUAUAUGUAAGCUUUCUACACGCUGAUAAAUUUUGGAAAAUCUAUUUAGUGUAUAAAACGUGAUGACCAGCGUCUUUAAACGCUCUUUGUGGUCGUCAUAGCACAAGUUUUCUUUAGCAAGCAACUUGCGUUUCAGAUUUGAAAUGAACUAUGUCAAAUUUGAAGGAAAGAGUUUGGAUGAGAUGAUUUAAUAGGAAAAAUCAUUUAUGUA